UUAUUGCCGCUCGUACCACCUAAGCCUCCACCCGCAACUCAUCUCUCCACCACGUCCUAAGAAAAACCCGCCUGAAACUUGUUUUCGUAUUCCGAGUAGACCCUUAUCCGACAGCUCUAACCUUGACGUUUUCUCAGGGACAGUUCCGUACUCUUCAGCUGUCUUUGGCAAACCAAUGGGGAUUCCUAGCGGCGACGACGUCGUCUUAAUCCAACAACCCAAGAGCCCCGGUGACUCCACCGUCGUCACUGUCAAUUGCCCCGACAAGGCCGGCCUCGGCUGCGACCUUUGCCGUAUAAUUCUCGAGUUUGGCCUUUGCAUCACUCGCGCAGACUUUUCAACGGAUGGAAGAUGGUGUUACAUAGUAUUCUGGGUGGUUCCAGACUCCACCUUACAUAGACUCAAUUGGGAUAGCUUGAAAAACCGGCUCUCUUAUGCCUCCCCUCCUUGUUUGAUUCCAUUCUAUUUUGAUCAGAAGUCCAAUGGUCCCUCACUGCCUUCGCUCUAUCUCUUGAAGUUUUGUUUUCUUGACCAGAAAGGGUUGCUACAUGAUGUUACUAAAGUACUUACUGAGCUUGAAUUUACAAUUCAAAGAGUGAAAGUGAUGACAACACCAGAUGGGAAAGUUAUAGACCUAUUCUUCAUCACAGAUGGCAUGGAGCUUUUACACACAGAAAAAAGGCGAGGUGACACAUGUAGACAUUUGGUUUCUGUUUUCAAAGAGUGUUGCAUCAGUUGCGAACUUCAACUGGCAGGACCUGAAUAUGAAAGUCUCCAGGCUUUCUCUUCCCUCCCACUUGCAAUUGCUGAGGAAUUGUUUAGCUAUGAACCAUCAGAAGGGAAAUCCGGUACCCAAGCUAUCUGCACAGAUACAGCAAUGGCAAAUAAGACCUCUGUUACAAUGGAUAAUCAUUUGAGCCCGGCUCAUACAUUACUUCAAAUUCAAUGUAUUGAUCAGAAAGGCCUAUUUUACGAUAUAUUGAGGACCUCAAAAGACUGCAACAUCCAGAUUGCUUAUGGUAGAUUCUCUUCGAAUGUAAAAGGGUACCGGAAUGUGGACUUAUUCAUUCAGCAAACCAAUGGGAGGAAGAUAAUAGAUCCUAAGCUUCAGCUCACUUUGUGUUCUCGUUUAAAGGCAGAAAUGCUUCAUCCAUUUCGAGUGAUUAUUGCCAACCGUGGCCCAGAUACUGAACUCUUGGUUGCUAACCCUGUUGAAUUAUGUGGGAAGGGAAGACCUCGAGUUUUCUACGAUGUUACAUUGGCUCUAAAAACAUUAGGAAUAUGCAUUUUCUCGGCUGAAAUUGGAAGACACUCAACUAAGGAUCAACAGUGGGAAGUUUACAGAUUUCUCUUGGAUGAAAAUUGUAGAGUUCCGUUAGCAAGUGCUAGAGGCAGAAAAGAAAUAGUGGACAGAGUGAGACGGACAUUGAUGGGCUGGUAAGAUAAUCUCUGCAUCCGAACAAUGCUGGUCAGAAACAUGGUUUGCUGUCUUAGAAUUACUCUCAAGCUGGACAUCUCAGCAUUGCAGGGGGAUUCUCCAACAUCUUUAUAUUCAAUAGUUAGCAUAAGAGUGGUUUUUUUUUUUUUUUUAGUUGGACUAGAUUUGAUUGUGCAGGAUAUAUAUAUAUUUUUCCCUAUAACUGCAUAUUUUUUAAUGUAAAUAUGAAAAUUUCUUUCAAUUAUUGGGAGGCUGAAUUAUUGUUAAAUAAUUUUCAAAAAUUUUAAAUAAAACAUUUUAAAUAAAAAAAUAAA